UCUCCGCCCGCUCUGCGCUGAAGUACGAUGACGCCAUUUCCGGGUGCUGGCGAGGCUGUUGCAGAGUAGGGUUAGAUGGGGGAAGAGAUCGAAACGAACUGGAGGUGCAGUUGUUGGGGUUGAAAAUAGCAGCUAUUCUUGACCCUUUUCGCUUUCUGGGACCUCUCCCGCCCGGAUAUAAAGAGAAGCGAGUAGGGGGCUGUAGGUGAGGUAAGUGGGUAGCUGUGAGAGAGAGAGAGAGUGAGAGGAGGAAGAAGAAGAGGAAGAAAAAGGAGGAGGAGGAGGAGGAUCAUGGAUUUUCCAGGACACUUUGAGCAAAUCUUUCAGCAGCUAAACUACCAGAGGCUUCAUGGCCAACUUUGUGACUGUGUCAUUGUGGUGGGAAACAGGCAUUUCAAAGCCCAUCGCUCUGUUUUGGCAGCAUGUAGCACACAUUUCCGAGCUCUCUUUACCGUAGCAGAGGGUGAUCAAACUAUGAACAUGAUUCAGCUGGACAGUGAUGUGGUGACAGCAGAAGCUUUUGCUGCUCUAAUUGAUAUGAUGUACACUUCUACACUAAUGCUUGGGGAGAGCAAUGUUAUGGAUGUCUUGCUGGCUGCUUCUCACCUACAUUUGAACUCCGUUGUUAAAGCGUGUAAACAUUACCUUACUACCAGGACACUACCGAUGUCUCCACCUAGUGAUAGAGUUCAAGAGCAAAAUGCACGCGUGCAAAGAUCUUUCAUGCUUCAGCAGCUUGGACUGAGCAUUGUGAGCUCUGCAUUAAAUUCAACUCAGAGCACAGAGGAACAACCAAAUACCAUGAGCUCAUUGAUGAGAAGUAACAUAGAGCAACGCACUACUUUUCCUAUCCGGCGUCUCCAUAAGCGUAAGCAGUCUUCUGAUGAUCGGGCCAGACAGCGAAUCAGACCUACCAUAGAUGAGUCCAUUUCAGAUGUUACUCCAGAGAGUGGUCAGUCAGUAGUUCAUUCACGAGAAGAUUUUUUUUCACCAGAUUCACUGAAGAUUGUGGACAAUUCUAAGGCUGAUGCUGUUACUGAUAAACAGGAGAAUAAUACUAUCAUGUUUGAUCAGUCUUUCAGUGCUCAAGAAGAUGUUCAAGUGCCCAGCCAGUCAGACAACAGUGGAGGAAACAUUUCACAGAUAUCCGUUGCAUCCCAGGUAAUACAAGUGGAAACCAGUUUUGAUCAGAAAGCUACUUCUGAGAAAAACAACUUCUCAUGUGAAAAUCCAGAAGUCAGUCUAAAUGAAAAAGAACACAUGGGGGUGGUGGUUAAAUCUGAGCCUUUGAGUUCCCCAGAGCCUCAAGAUGAAGUGAGUGAUGUCACUUCUCAAGCAGAAGGCAGUGAGUCUGUUGAAGUGGAAGGAGGAGUGGUAAGCGCAGAAAAGAUAGAACUGAGUCCUGAAAGCAGUGAUCGUAGUUUUUCUGACCCACAGUCUAGUACUGACAGGGUGGGAGACAUCCAUAUUAUGGAGGUGUCAAAUAACUUGGAACACAAGUCCACUUUCAGUAUCUCAAAUUUCCUGAAUAAAAGCAGAGGUGGCAACUUUGGUGCUAGUCAAAAUAACAAUGACAACAUUCCAAAUACAACAAGUGACUGCAGAAUGGAUGGUGAUGCCUCUUACCUAAUGAGUUCAGAGUCUGGGCCUGCUAAUGGUCAUUCCUCUGCUACAGUUUCUCAUGUAGAGCAUCCAUUCAGUGAGCCUGCAGACUCUCAUUUUGUUAGACCAAUGCAGGAUGUAAUGGGUCUUCCCUGUGUACAGACUUCUGGGUACCGAGCUGCAGAACAAUUCGGUAUGGAUUUUCCAAGGUCAGGUUUGGGCCUGCACUCUUUGUCAAGGACAAUGAUGGGUUCUGUAAGAGGUGGAGCUAGUAGCUUUCCUGGCUAUCGUCGCAUAGCCCCCAAAAUGCCUGUUGUGACCUCUGUCAGGAGCUCCCAGCUGCAAGAUAACUCUUCCAGUUCCCAGCUGUUAAUGAAUGGGACCACUUCUUUUGAAAAUGGACAUCCUUCACAACCUGGUCCACCACAGUUGACAAGGGCAUCUGCAGAUGUUCUUUCAAAAUGUAAGAAGGCCUUAUCUGAGCACAAUGUCUUAGUUGUAGAAGGUGCUCGCAAAUAUGCCUGUAAGAUCUGCUGCAAGACUUUUUUGACUCUAACAGACUGUAAGAAGCACAUCCGCGUGCAUACAGGAGAAAAGCCUUAUGCCUGUUUAAAGUGUGGCAAACGGUUCAGCCAGUCCAGCCAUCUAUACAAACAUUCCAAAACAACCUGUCUGAGGUGGCAGAGCAGCAAUCUACCUAGCACUUUGCUUUAAUCUCCCCCACUCCCUAGCCCCUAUGAGAAUGCUAAUACAAGCUUUUAAGACUCUGGAGUAUUUCAGAAACAUUAAUGCUAUUUUAUUCAAGGCCGAAGGUUAAGGAGCUGCCCUUGUAGAUUAGUAAAUACUUGCGUGUGAUUGUGUCGUCACAUACACAAAAGUCUUGGUUCUGUAAAUUGGGGAUAAUACCAUACUUACCUCACAGGGGUGUUGUGAGGCUUAAACAACUGUUAGUGAACCACUUUGAGAUCCUCAGAAGGAGGCACUUGUAGACAGGUUAAGAUUUAUUGUUAGGUACAUGUGGGUCUUGGGCUCACAGGGAUGUAAUCCCUAUAACCAAGUAGUUCCAUUGCAGGGCAGAUGGGUGGGGGUUGAGUGAGAAUGUAGUUAACUCCUAAUUAUGUUUAAGUAGCAUGUUUCAAGAAUGAAAAAUUGAAGGGCAAAUUUCCUUUUUUAGAGAUUUUGUAAAAUUGUGAAAACAUUUAAAUAAAUGACCCAUAACAUAAGUUGAUAAGUUGUGUAUGAACAAUAAUGCAAAGAGCUUUUUACAGUAACUAACACAGAUUGCAUAGUCUUAAAAGAAAACCAACCUUGGAUGCGCCUGUCUGCCAUAAAAUGCUUUAAAACAUGUUAAUUAUGAAAAUAGUUUUAGGGUUCUGAAUGCAUUUUUGGCUCUUUUGCAGUACAGGACACUGUAUAAUGAAGGUACUUAAUUUAAGUCCAAGACAAGUAACUUUUGGACUGUUAGAUGUAUAUAUGUACUUUGAAUACAGCCAGGUCUGGUUGUUUCACCAUUUUUUUCUGUAAAAACUUGUAUUGAGUGAUAAGUGAAGUACUGUUUCUUGUUUGUGCUAUUCUUAGCAAUAUUUUAACCAACUUGUAUUUCAUAUGUUUAAGUUUCAUAUACAUGGAAGUCUGUAGCUUGUCUGUAUCUGAUUUAGUUUUUUUUAAAUGAAAGAGGAUUUGUGAUGGCUCUUUUUACUGGGUAAGGUAGUCUCUUACUCUUUCCAGAUGCUGAUAGUUGAUCUGAUCCAUGUUAUUGUGUAAGUAUACUUUUAAUUUUCAUCAUUCAUUGAUUUCUACUAUUCCUAGAGAGGCAUACUGAAAAUCUAGGAGCUUGUGUCUGACUGCCCUUGCUUUCUUGGUUUUCCAAUAUGACAGACUUACAGAACCAUUCAGGUUGGAAGGGAUCUCAGGAGAUCUCUAGUCCAGUCUCCUGCUCAAAGCAGGGUUAGCUAUGAGCUCAGACCAGGUUGCUCAGGACUUUGUGCAGUUGGGGCUUAAAAACCUCCAAGAACAGAGCUCCCACGACCUCUCUGGGCCCCUGUUCCAUUGCUUGACUGUCCUCAUGGUGAAGAAGUUUUUCCCUAUAUCCAAUCUGAACCUCUCUUGUUUCAACUUAUGCCUGCUGUCUCUCAUCCUCCCACCAUGCACCACUGUGAAGAGCCUGGCUCCAUCUUCUUGAUGACCUACUUGUAGGUAUUGGAAGGCUACUAUUAGGUCCCCCAAAGCCUUCUCUUCUCCAGGAUGAACAAGCCCAGUUCCUUCAGCCUCUCCUUAUGGGGCACAUGCUCCAGACCCCUGAGCCUCUUGGUGGCCUUCCACUGAACUUGCUCCAGUUUGUCCAUGUCUUUCCUGUAUUGGUGGGCCCAAAACUGGAUGCAGUAUUCUAGAUGUGGUCUGAGUGCCAAGAGAUAAUCACUUCCCUUGAUCUAUUGGUUAUGCUCCUGUUAAUACAGCGCAGGAUGCUGUUAGCUUCCUUUGCUGCCAGGGCACACUGCUGGCUCAUGUUCAGCUUGCUGUCUACCAUGACCCCCCAUCCUUUUCAGCAGAGCUGCUCCCAGCCAGUCAGUCCCCAGCCUGUAUCGUUGCAAGGGUUUUUUUCCCUCCUGGGUGCAGGGCUUGACAUUUGUCCUCGUUGAAUUUCAUAAGGUUCCUUUCAGCCCAUUCCUCCAGCCUGUCUAAGUCUCUCUCUGAAUGGCAGCCCUGCCCUAGGAUAUCAUCUGGUGUCCCCAAUUUGGUGUCAUUUGCAAACUUGGUGAGAGUGCAUUCUAUCACCUCCAGGUCGUUGAUGAAGAUGUUAAGCAGGACAGAUCCCAGGAUAGACCUCUGCAGUACUCCACUUGUAACUAGCCUCCAGGUAAAGCAAGACCUGUUAACCACUACCCUCUGAGCCCAACCAUCCUACCAGUUUUUUUACCCAUCUAGUUGUCCACCUGUCCAGGCCAUGAUGUCCCAACUUGGAUACAAGACUAUUGUGAUAGACCAUGUUGAAAGCCUUGCUGAAGUUGAGGUAAAUAGCAUCCAGUGUUCUCCCCUUGUCCACAGAUCCAUCCAUUUUAUAGCAGGCAAUCAGGUUGGUCAGGCGUGAUUUACCCUUGGUAAAUCUAUGCUGACUGUUCCCAAUCACCUUCUCCUUUGUGUGCCCAAAAAUGUGUUUUGAGAAGACUCGCUUCAUGAUUUUCCCAGGGAACAAAGUAAGGCUGACUGGCCUGUAUUCCCUGGAUUGUCUUUUUGGCCUUUUUUUGAAGAUGGGUGCAACAUUUGUCCUUUUUCAGUCAUUGAGGACCUCCCUCGAUCGCCAUGACCUUUCAAAAAUGAUAGAGAGCAUCCUCCCAGUGACAUCAGCCAGCUCUCUCAGCACCCUUGGAUGCAUCCCAUCUGGUCCCAUGGACUUGUAUGGAGCCAAGAUUUCUCAAGAGGUCCCUGACCUGACCCUCAUCCACUGCUGGUAGUUCUUCUCCUUGAACCCUGUCUCUAAGUGCAGAGUCCUGGAAGACCUUGUUGGUGAAGACUGAGGCAAAGAAGGCAGUGAGUACUUCAGCCUUGUCUGUGUCUGCUGUCACUAAAUCACCUACUCCGUUCAUCGACAGACCCAUAUUUUCCUUGUUCGGCUUUUUACUAUUAAUGUAUCAGUAGAAGCUCUUCUUGUUGCCCCUGAAUCCAUUGUGUCAACUCUAUGAAGCAAUAUUUCAGAAAGAUAUCACCAUGUAGCUAACCCAUACUGUAAAAUAAAUAUUCCAUCUCUAAGCCUGGUAAUUUUCACAAAACUAUUACCAUACUUUUUAUUCAGAAGACUUACUUUCUGAGCACUACAGUGAGAUCUCAUGCGAAGAUGUCAAUAUGUUUAGUAUUAGAAAAUACAUCUGAAAAUAAACACUGCAUUUUUGUGCUCUUA